AGUGUGGCUAGAUCGGGUACAAAACAUGUCGGUCAGCGGAAGGUCAAAUCUUGGUCACAGUUUUCGGCGUGGACGGCUAUGGUGAAAGAGAUGUUGUAGAAGCUGAUCAAGUAUGUCAACGGUGCGUGCCACAACUUCUGAGAAUCGAAUUAGGUUGAUGUAACUGGCGGGCGGAAGGUCUUCACUGGGAUGCCCUUCGAACCCGGCUCCCUAUGACCUUUAUUCAAUGAAAAUGGAAAUGGAUCAACAUCCAUGACCUCGAGGAUCCCUAUCAUAGCUAUUAUAUAUGUCUGAAAAUUAUAAUCUUAGUACUUGCUCGAGAUCAAUUGUUUUUUCACAUCGAUUGCCGUCGAACAAACUGUUUGUUACUAGUCAAGUUUUACGACGACGCGUAGACCACCACCACGUAGUUCUAGUUGUUGUGAUGCCAUCUUUGGUCGUUGUAGUUGAGCAUUCCGCAGGCAAAGCCAAAGAGUAUACUAUCAUUGGAAUUGCGUCCAUUAAUCAAAAUCAUCAUGAUUUAUCAAAAGAGAGGCGCGCCGUGAAAUUCUAACAGGUUUUUCACUUUUUGUUUUACCCAUUUUCGUUUGUUUAAUUAUCAACGUUUUUAUUUAAGCUUGAUCGUGCAUCUGGUUUAUCACGCGCACUGGCACAAGCGAAAGCGAUUUCGUGAUGUCAAGUCGACGAGCUGAGGUCGCGGCUCGACACGUUCGUUGUCACGGAAGUGAAUGGGUGGAGAUAGGACAGGCAGCACGACCCCGAAUAAACUACCGGCGACAUCUACUUGUCGCGAGGUUCUUUGCGUCGUCGUCAACUCGGGAAGCAGUUUUUACCAAAGCUGCUGCCCUCGUGGGUGAUUUCCUGUCCUCGGGUAGAAAAAAGGGCUCAUGUACUUUAUCAGCGGGACGGCUUCUUUGCUUCACCCCGCCACUCAUGAUCAGCCGCAGCAGUUCACUUUUCGCUCCAGGUGCUACAACAGUGCCAGUACUACUGCGUCGGAUGUCGACGACGUCUUCGUUCUUGAGCGAUGGCUUGCCCGAGGUGCAGCAAGGACGCAGGCUAUUGGAAAGCGGCAAGUAUGAAUUAUGUGUAGCCCCCUUGAGCCGUGCGAUGGAUAUUUUGCGUAACCUUCCCGAAGCUAGCAUGGACGGUGACAGGUACCGACUUCAUCUCUGGCUGGCACAAGCAAUGGUUGCACAGAAACACUACCGCGAUGCUGCAAAGCAUCUUCACGCGGCGCAUCACUUAGCAGGAUCCUGGGCUGGGUCAUCCGCAAUGUCGACGGAGGACCGAGUGAAGAGAAGAAUACGUAGCUCCUACUACACAGCAGCCCUUGAGCACGCCUCGUGCUUGAUGUCAUCUUCACGCGACAAAGCGAUGAGUACUGACGUGGCUCAUGGAGGGCACGGCGCCGUCGCUUCUUGUUCCUUGACAACUCUCGAAAUAACUGGAGCGGCCGACAUCGCCACGCGCGCCAAAGCUCAAGUUCCGCCUUCUUCUUUCGUUCAAGUCGAGGACGCGGAUACGCUUAGCGAGGACCAUUCGGGCAGACACAAUAGGGUUGGGGUUGCCUCAUCUUCUCUGGGACUCCUUGUCCGUUCCAACACAAUGCGAUUCCUGCCGCAUUUCGUAGUUGAGUCCAUCAACGCAGAAGAUCGUCCAUUCUUUUUGAAAAAGGCGCUUGUGAACUUCAAGGCAGCUCCUGCUGUCGGCGCCGGUCUGGUAGCUGCGUCUCGCGCCGCCCCAGGGUGCUCUUCCGAGGAAAAUAACGAGGAGUUACCGUUUCCUUCUAAAGGUUCCAGUACCUCCGCCGGUGUGCAGGAGGAUCGGGUGCAGGACCGAGGGGAGACAUAUCAGGUGGGAGGUACACCUACGCCCCCUAACACCUGUAGGUCUCAAUCUCAGAGCGCAAGCGAGCAGACCGGAGACGCAAUUUGCGAUUUUUUGCGAGCCGACGCAGAAGCAAUGCGGAGUGUGUACCUGGACCCUGCGACCGCUUGCGUCAACGUAUUGCCUUUGCUACUCGACGCCGGGCACGCCGCCGACGGAGAGACCUUUCCUGGUGGCGGCGAAGGUGAUCGGACCUGGUCGAACUACCUGCGCAGGGGAGUAGACACAUCGCCUGCCGGGGGAGCUAGUACAGCCUGUAAAAACUCUGCUGCAGGAGCUUCGUCGUCCGUUGCGCCGUCGACGUGUGAGGACCAUAACAGAAGCAGGAGAACGGAAAACGAUUACGCUCCUGCAUUCCAUUGGUUAUUGCUGACUGAGCAUGACGACGAGUUUUCAAAAAGAGACGAGCAUGGAGCUAGUACUUCUACUACACCCGAAAAAUAUGAAUCCGAGCUGCAGCAGGUGGACCGAUCAGCCCAAUUGCCCCCACGGUUCCUGGAAGCAAUGCAGCGCCAGACGGUGCUAUGCGAAAUUUUGGUCAACCAAUUUUGCUCAUUCAAUUCCACACAGACCGACUUGGACGCGGCUCUCUCCGAGCACAUUUCGCCCCUAAUGAACCUGGCAUCAAGUGCACUCUCCUCCACGUCCGCAGCCCCGUGUCACGAGACAAAGCUGGACGAAGCGUUUUUGCAACCGCACCAACGUGCGAUUUUGCAGUUUUGCAAAGCGCGCUUGCUUGUCGCGGCUGCCAAUGUUCUCGUCUUUCAGCACCAGGUAGUGUCAGCGGAGGGGCUACUGCGAACUGCGAAGAGUCUCAGCUCUCUAGAUGACGAACAAGGCCAAACGCAAACAACGAUAGGAAGUGAGAAAAAGGGCUCGGAUCCUCGCAAGAGUCUUCUCUCCUCCGCCUCGCGGCGUUUUGUAUGGCGUCGGGAUUUGCUGCGAGCCUAUGCGAACGUGCUGCGAAAGUGGGAGCGACGUGAGCGAGACGUGGUUUACUUGGAGCGGGAGGCGGAUGCGAUACCCAUACGGCAGGAACUGCAACACGAUUACAGUGUCGCUCGGUCCGGCGGAGCAGCUGCGGCAUCGAUGAAUAGCGCAGUCAACGCGCCCACUGAGAUUGAAGUCGAAGGCACUGGAACCAAGGAGAGUAUUUGUAUUGCUGAUGUGCACGGAAUACGCAUGUGUCAUCGCCUUAGACUAAUUCCUUACGCGGCGUUGCCAAGCUUCACUUGGCCGCAUUUAAGCGGCUGA